AAAAUUUCAUCGUUUAGCUUUGUUUUGCGUUUCUCUCCUCCGUGUGUGCACAAAAACUGUGUGUGUUAUCCAAAUAUUCAAAAAAGAAAAAACAAAAACUAAUUUAAUCAAACGAAAAACUAACAAAUUUACAAGUUUCCAAUGUGAAUAAUAAUAUGCUAACAAUCUUAACCAUAUAAAUUUCUAUUAAACCGUGUUUAUAUCCAUCCUUAAAAUCGUGUGAUUAUAGAAGGAGUAUAUAUCCUGUGACUGUGUGGUGUGCCUAGAGGCUACAAAAAAAAAAAACGAAGCAAAAGAAAAAAAAAAUCAUUUUGCUUGCGUCUCUUCUCUAUCAUCUCUCUCUUCUCUGCACACACCCGGGUUUGCUUUUGCUACUCUUGCUUGCCCACCGUCAUCCAACAACAACAGAAAAGAAUUUGAUUUAUUUUACCCCCUUCCCCUCUCUUGUGAGUGUGUGUGUGUGUGCUUUUGCUCCUCGUUCAUUCUUCUCAUGUAAAUCGUCGUCAUUAUUUGGCGUGGUGAAUUACAACAACAAGAAAGAAAAAAAGUGAGUGUUUUUUUAGUGGUCAACAAAUGGUGUGCCGAUUAGAAAGAAUUUUUACUAAAAUAUCCAUGCCGAACAAAAAUUGCUAUUUUUUACAAUAUUUAUGUCAGUGUUGUAAAAAUAACCAACACCAACGUCACUAUUUUUUAACGGAGCAUUAAAGAUAUAUCUACUCCUAUUCUCUUGGGAUAUUUUUUUUUUGUUUGCUUCAUCCUUUUUCCAAAUUAUACAGUUUUCUCGAUGAUUAUUAUGUGCAAUUGCCAACAGUAGUAAUGGACACACUCAACGUCACCCCAGGCAACAGUAUCCCAAGCGCCACAGCCCGAGUUCAUCGACAUCAGCACCAUCAAACGCGUAAGGACAGUAGUGUUCGAUCGUCUAGGUCGCCUUCGGGGAAUCGCAACGCUGUCGAUCAAAUGUCAAGAGAACGGGAUCGUGAUAGUGCUGAACCGUCUGCUUCCUUGUCGUCGAUAGGUGGCGUUACUGUGGUUGGAGGUGGCAGCAGCAGCGGCGGAGGUGGCAGCAGCAGUAGUGCUGCAACAGUCGGCACGGUGACUAGUGGAGGAGCUGGUGGCACUGCCGCCACUUCUGUCGUGACUGGAAGCGGCGGAGGUGGUGGUGGUGGUGGAGGAGGAGGAGGUGUAGGUGUUGGUAUCACAAGCUCAGCAUCAGGUGCACUGCGAUUUCGGAAUCAAAGCCCGUCAACCAGACGAAGUCGUGAGAGAAAUCGCAGAGAAUUCAAUCGGAGCUACGGAUCGGAUCAGGGUGGUUUGCUGGUUUAUGGAGAGUUGCCAUUGGAAGCUAUGGGAUCCUUGGAGGACUCAAGGUUAUCGGGCAACGAAGAUCUUUGUCAUCAAUCGUUUGCAUCGGACGAACCCGACGGUAACCCUCCAACACUACUAACCGAUAGCAAUAAAAAACAUCACCGACGUCAUGAAAGGACAACAAGCCUGCAGGCCAUAGAUAGACUAAGUACAAAAAUUCAGUGUACAAAGGAAUCAAUUCGCAAAGAACAAACUGCCAGAGACGAUAAUGUCAAUGAAUAUCUCAAAUUAGCCGCUAGUGCUGAUAAGCAGCAAUUACAACGAAUAAAGGCUGUCUUUGAGAAAAAGAAUCAAAAGAGCGCACACACAAUUGCCCAAUUGCAGAAAAAACUCGAUAGCUAUACGAAACGGUCCAAAGAUAUACAAAAUCAUCAAUUUCAUAACAAGAGCCAACACCGGCAACCUAGAGAGGUGUUACGAGAUGUGGGUCAGGGUUUGAGAAAUGUUGGUGGUAACAUUCGUGAUGGUAUAACAGGAUUUUCUGGUUCAGUGAUGUCAAAACCAAGAGAAUUUGCACAUUUAAUUAAAAAUAAAUUUGGGAGUGCCGAUAAUAUCAACCAAAUAACAGAAGCUGAAUUAAAUGCCCUCAAUAUGCCAGUGAAUUCUUCUGAUGUAUAUGGCACAUCAACGCCUAACAAUGCUAGCAAUAUACCCGCGCAAUCGACAGGAUCUGGUAAUACGGGUGGAGCUGGAAGUGGGAAAUUCAAUAGUGACAAUGGUAGCGAGUGCAGUAGUGUUACCAGCGAAAGUAUUCCAGCUGGUUCUGGAAAAAGCCAAUCGGGAGCCAGCCAAUAUAAUGUUAUUUAUAAAACUAUUCUAACACAACUACAAGAAAGAAAUGAUGAGCUUGAAAAGCUCAAAGAACGAGUCGAAAGAUUAGAGAAUACACAAAAAGAGUUCAACAAUUUGACUGCAACGCUGGAAAGUGAACGCUAUCGUGCCGAAGGCUUAGAAGAACAAAUCAAUGAUCUAACCGAAUUACACCAAAAUGAAAUUGAAAAUCUCAAACAAACUAUAGCCGAUAUGGAGGAAAAGGUACAAUAUCAAAGUGACGAGAGACUGAGAGAUGUUAACGAAGUUUUAGAAAAUUGCCAAACAAGAAUUUCUAAAAUGGAACACUUAUCGCAACAACAAUAUGUCACAGUUGAAGGAAUUGACAAUUCGAAUGCCCGUGCACUUGUUGUUAAAUUAAUUAAUGUAGUUUUAACUGUAUUGCAAGUAGUUUUACUAUUAGUGGCAACAGCCGCUGGCAUUAUAAUGCCAUUUCUAAAAACAAGAGUUCGUGUUUUAACGACAUUCUUCUCAAUAUUCUUUAUAAUAUUUGUGAUACGUCAAUGGCCGGACGUUAAAGACAUUGGAUCCGGCCUAGUGCGACAUUUAAAAGAGUCUUUGGUUGUUAAGUAAAAUAAAAAUUAUAAAAAAAAAACAAAAAAUAAACAAAAAUACUAAAUAAAAUUUAAGUAAACAAAAACUACUACUAUGCAGGGUUUAGUACACCUACAUUAUAUAAAUUUAUGUUUAAUUUAAAAUUAUUAACUUUUUACUACACAUAAUUUGUAAAAAAAAAAAAAAUACAACAAAAGAAAAGAAAAUUUAAGCUUAAAAAUAAUAGAAACUCUCAUCGAUCACAUUUUCCUUGCAUCACUUAAUGCAUCUUUCUCUCUUUCGCAUAUUGUAUACAAAAUAAACUAAAUAAAAUUCAAGAAACAAAAAAUAAUAAAAAAAAAAAAAUACAAAUGUAAAUAAAAUAAAACAAAUAUUUCGAAAUAUUAAAACAAAAUAGUGAUAUUAAAUAUUUUUGUAUUAUUCUUUUGUAUAUACAUAUAAACAUACUUGUAAUGUUGCUUUUUUUAUUUUUUAUUUUUCACUUCUGCUAAAAUAAUAAACAAUAUUACUAUAGCCUAGUAAAAAUAUAGCGCAUAGCUGUUAGUGUAUAUGUUACCUUUUUCGUUAAAUUAAUAAUAAAAAAAAAGAAUUUUUACACGCUCACUUCAUGGCACUCAAAUUACAAAGUUAUUCAAAAUAAUUCUACAUACAUUUAUCCUUUCCAUUAAGUUGCAAUUUUGUUUUUUU